AUGUCUGCCAAGAAGGUGAAUUUCUCGAUUGACGAAAUGUCUUUCAAGCCCAACAAUCGUGUCGCGCUUUUAGACAUUCCGGCCAACAAAUCUGAUGACGAGGAAGUUGCUACAUUCCUCAAGAACUCUCUAAUCUCUUUCGCUAUCUCCCAUAAACCAGUCAUGGUGAAGGAAAUUCUUCAGCAGUUAUGGCUUACUGUUGAAGUAGUUCAAGAGACUGACAAGACUGGGAUGACAUCCUCUGACCUCUCAGUUGUCAAAGCUGAUGUCAAUGACGUGAAGGAAUGGCUUUCUGUGGUACAAGCUGAUGUAUGCACCACUGUUGAGGAUAUCUCUGCUCUCAACAGCAAAGCCAAUGAAGUGAAUGUUCAGCUUACCAAGCAUGUUGAGGUUGUUGAUGAUGCCAUCAAUUCCCAUGAAGCUGAAGCAGAGGUUGUUGAUGAUGUCGUCAGAGCUGACGCUGAAGCUCAUGAUGAAGACCUUCAUAUCACCUUCGCAACUGAUGCUGGUGAUGAGGAAGAUGAAGGUGAAGAUGAUGAUGAAGAUCACGAUGACUCUCCAUGCCUUCCUGACUUUGGAAAAGAUCUUGAUGGUGAAGAUGAUGAAGACGACGAUGACGAUGACUUCACCAUUCAAUAUAACAAACCUUCCAGUGCUCUAAACGAAGUCUCUCGUAGGGAUUCUUCAUCCCAUGGGGAGAAAUAG